AUGAGAUGGUUAAUACUUUUUGGUAGACGUUGUAUUUGUGAUGUGCCGACAUCAACUUCGCGUCUUUUAAAUUUGAGUGCAACAAAUUUGAGAUUAUUGUCUAAUACAAGACAUUUCUCAACCAAAAUAUCUUCAAAUUUGUUGUCUAGACGAAAUGAAACGGUUGACCUCUUCACCACGAAAUUUCUUUCACCACAAAAAUUGCGUUUACUCUUCAGGCCGUUGAGAAGAAAUUUUAGCAGUGGAGAGUCUAAACGACAACCUAAACUUAUUAAAGAUUUAAAAAUUAGUGAUGUAAAAGGAAUUGCAGUUUUAGCAUUGCCUUAUAAAUGGAGAAUUAUAGCCGGCCUAGUCUUUCUUUCUAUUGGCUCUGGCCUAUUUUUAACACUACCUCGAAUUCUUGGCAAAAUGAUUGAUGAAUUUGACACUUCAAAACCAGAAGACAGAAAACCUGAGGAAGAAGAAGAAUCAAAAAAUGAAUUAAAUUUAUUUUCAAUAAUUCCUCAAAAUGAUACAAAAAAGAAAGAAAAUGAAAAGGAAGAUGAUUUUCUUGGAAGAAUAGCACGUUAUCUUCGUUAUAAUCCAUGGGCUAUAGGUAUUAUUCUUGCUGUUGGGGCAUGUGCAAUUGGUGGACGUAUUUAUUUGAUGCAUACAACAAGUCAACUCAUAGUCAACGAUUUACGUACAAACGUUUUCCGCAACAUUCUCCAACAAGAUAUGGCUUUCUUUGAUAAAAAUAAAGUUGGGGAAAUUGUAAGCCGUCUAUCUUCAGAUGCUUAUAUUGUUGGAAAUGCUCUAUCUACAAAUUUGGGUGAUGGUAUUCGUUCACUUUUCACUUCGUUUGUGACUGCAGGAAUGAUGGUAUAUACAUCACCAGAACUUUCUCUUUUGGGUCUAAUUGUCAUUCCUUUUAUUGCUGGAACUUUCCUUGUUUAUGGUAAAUGGAUAGGUUAUUAUGCUACUCAAAUGCAAGAAGCAAUUGCUGGAACUAAUGAGUUGGCAACUGAACGUCUCUCAAAUGUCAAAACUGUCAGAGUUUUUGUGGCAGAAAAUAAAGAAUUGAAAGCUUAUAGAAAUAAAAUUUCUGAUAUUUGGGAAAUUUCAAGAAAAGAAGGACGUGCUACUGCAUUUAUUGUUGGAGGUUAUUAUAUUGUUGGAUAUGGCUUCCUUUCUUCUCUUCUCUAUUAUGGAAGUCAUUUAAUAAGUUGUGGCCUUCUCACUUAUGGCGAUUUAUCUUCAUUUGUUAUUUAUGCAAUUCUCUGUUCUGCAAACAUUUCAAACAUUCGAACUUUUUAUUCCGAACUUAUGCGUGGAUUGGGAGCGUCUUCACGUCUUUUUGAAUUGAGAGAUACAAAACCAAAAAUUCCUUUGAGUGGAGGUGUCUGUUUAACCGAUUUGAAGGAAGGAAUACGUUUUGAAAGUGUUGCAUUUUCAUAUCCUGAUCGUGACCCAAUUUUUAAUGAUAUAACUUUUAAAAUACCUGUUGGUUCUACAACAGCAAUUGUUGGAUCUUCGGGCUGUGGAAAAUCAACAAUUGCACAUUUAUUGUUAAGGCUAUAUUCCCCAACUCAAGGACGUAUUUUAAUUGAUGGACAAGAUAUGAAAAAUAUAGACCCUUCAGAGUGGCGAAAAAUGUGCGGAGUAGUAAGUCAAGAGCCUGUCCUUUUCUCAGCUACAAUAAAAGAAAAUAUUUUGUAUGGAGUUCCAGAAGGUGUAGAAAUUGGGGAUGAAGAGAUUGAAAAAGCUGCCAAACUUUCAAACUCUUUAGAAUUUAUUCGUUCAUUUCCUCAAGGAUUUGAUACAAUGGUUGGAGAACAUGGAUCGUCUAUGUUAAGUGGAGGUCAAAGACAACGAAUUGCUCUUGCCCGUGCAUUAAUUAUGAAACCUCGUUUUAUAAUAUUGGAUGAAGCAACAAGUGCUUUAGAUGCGACUAGUGAAUAUUUGGUCCGAAAAUCAUUAGAAGUAUUAUCAAAAAGUGGACAAACAAUUUUAAUAAUUGCCCAUCGUUUAUCAACAAUAAAACAUGCAGAACAAAUUGUUGUAUUGGAUAAAGGAAGUGUUGCAGAAAUGGGUUGUUUUGAUGAUUUAAUGAAUAUAAAAGAUGGAAUAUUUCAAAAAUUGGUAGAAAAACAAACUUUGGAUUGGAAAUUUGAUAGGUUUUAA